AUGAGCAACGAAUAUUACGACCAAAGGACUCGGUCCAGAUCUCCAGAAAGUCGGAACGCACCGGUCAGCGACUACCGCUCUGAAGCACCUCGUCGAAGCAGAUAUAACAAUGGUAAUACUGAAUCAUACGGAGAGAGUAUGGGAAAUUUUAGUAGGCGGGGUGGAAGACCAAGAGGAGGGCGUCGUGGGUUUAGAGGUGGCCGUGGCGGCUAUGACGAUUUCCCACCACGCAACAGAGGACGGAGAGAAUUUAGAGAGCAUGGCCCAAAGAUGUCUGAGGAUACCGACUCUGAACAAAGCAAUAGGCUUGACAGAAACUACGAGAACAGCGUAUUUGUGGGAAACCUAACUUACGAUUGUCAGGGCUCCGACCUAACAGAGUUGUUCGAAGAGGUUGGAAGCGUUGUUCGGUCUGACAUUAUAACCUCGCGUGGCCACCACAGAGGUAUGGGUACGGUGGAGUUCACCAACCCGCAUGACGUAAGUGAAGCUAUUCGAAAAUUCAAUGGCCACUCAUUUCUGGGAAGGGAGAUUUUUGUACGUGAAGAUAAUCCUCCACCUGCGAGCAAAAGGGGCGAUGAAAGACGGGAAGCACAAAUAUCGCUUACGGAUAGGUUCCAUCCAGGAUACGAGGUAUUCAUUGCCAACCUGCCGUUCUCCAUUUCGUGGCAGUCUUUGAAGGAUGUAUUCAAAGAGUGCGGCGUUCCAACGAGGGCAGACGUCAAGUUGGACCGUAACGGCAGGUCGAGAGGUUUUGGAACCGUGAUUUACGAAACUCGAAACGAGGCUCAAGCGGCUUUGGACAGAUUUCACGGAUUUGAGCUCGAGGGCAGAAUUCUCGAACUUAAGCGAGGACAUGGACCAUGGGGCGAUGAAUCACCAGAACCACAAUUUGAGGCAGACGACGUCCCAUCUACUAAUGACAGUGUCAACUCUGAAUUGACCGAGAACGCCGUAGGUCAGGGAGAGAAGUCGAACAAAGUGUAUGUCGAAAAUUUGCCAUACGCUACUGCUCAAAGUGACUUGUACGAUCUUUUUGAGAUCAUAGGUCCUGUUGAAAAGGCAGAGUUGAGACUGGACUCUACAGGUGGGCCAACCGGGGUCGCAGUAGUGCAGUAUAACGAUGAGGAACAUGCCGAUCUUUGCAUCAGCAGACUUGAUAACUAUUCUUACGGAGGAAAUGAACUCGCCAUUUCUUACGUGAGCUAUCACUAA